AUGGUUUUCAAUUUGAACGGUAAAAUUGCACUUAUUUCUGGAGGUGCAUCUGGUAUUGGACUGAAUUUUGCAAAAGAACUACUGAAGAAUGGAGUGAAGGGAGUGUGCUUAGCAGAUGUCAGUCCCGAGUUUGGUGAUGAAGCAUUGAAGGAUAUUGAGGCGAAAUUUGGUACCAAUAGAGCCAUAUUCGUCCAGACUGAUGUAACAGAUAUCAAACAAUUUCAGAAUGCUUUCGAGAAGACCAUAGAAACGUUCAAAUACAUAGACAUACUUAUCAAUAAUGCAGGAAUUAUGAAUGACUCUCUUUGGGAGAAAGAAAUUUCGAUAAAUUUGAAUGGAACAAUUCACGGCACUCUUCUGGCCCUGGAGAAAUAUUUGCCCAAUUACAAACAAGGUGAAGAUGCCCUCAUCGUCAAUAUGUCCUCCGUAGCUGGCAUUGCUGAAUUCGGUUUCAUUCCCAUCUACACCGCCACUAAACAUGCAAUCAUAGGGCUGACCAGGGCCUGGGGAAUCCCACUCGUUUAUGAAAGAACUAAAGUACGGGUUGUUGCAUUGUGUCCUGGAGGAACAUUGACUCCACUGACAACUGAUAUGAAUGGAAGGAAUUUGGGAAAAGAAUAUGAAACCAUCUUGGAGAAAACUAGGCAUACAUUUCAACCUCCUCAAGAACCAGAAUACGUAGCUGAGGAGGCCAUGAAUGUACUCAAACACGGGCCCAAUGGAACAUUAUGGGUGAUCGAAAGUGGACAACCAGCCUACGAAUUCAAGUUUCCUGAGAGGUUUGCACAAAAAGGAAAUGUGCUAUCUUAUGAUUGA